AUGCUCAGGGUUUCGAGCAAGUCCAAAAAGGAGGGCGGUGAGGAGGGCGGUGGCGGCGACGGCGGCGACGGCGAUGGCAGCACUGUUGGCAAGGAGUGCCUGGACAAGGAUGGUCAAAAAGGGCUUUGCACUGUCCUUGGCCUAUGCAAGAUUGAAAACUCUAGUGAGCCUGGAGAGUUGAACGCCAACUGUGUCCUCGGUUGA